GAAGGGGGAAAGACCGUACAGGGCGACGGUGGCAGCGGCGGCUGGCGGCUUCCGUUUCCGGGUCGCUUCCUGGCUCGUGUGGACGCGAGGCGGGUGGGGUGAAGGCGGAUUCCGUGUCUACGGGAGGACCCCUCGUUUCCGCCAUGCCGAAAGGAGGGAGAAAAGGAGGCCACAAGGGCCGGGCGAGGCAGUACACUAGUCCUGAGGAGAUUGACGCACAGCUCCAAGCAGAGAAACAGAAGGCCAAGGAGGAAGAGGAGGCAGAGCAGGAGGAAGGAGGCGACGGGGCAUCAGCAGAACCCAAAAAGGAGAAGAAGUCGCUAGAUUCGGACGAAAGUGAGGACGAGGAGGAUGAAGAUUACCAGCCAAAGCACAAAGGAGUGGAAGGCAUGAUAGACAUCGAAAACCCCAACCGCGCUGCCCAGACGGCCAAAAAAGUCACCCAGAUAGAUAUGGAGAGCCCCAGGGAACUAUCGCGGAGAGAGCGAGAAGAAAUUGAAAAACAGAAAGCGAAAGAACGGUACAUGAAAAUGCACCUCGCCGGGAAAACGGAGCAGGCCAAGGCGGACCUUGCCCGGCUAGCAAUCAUCCGGAAACAGAGGGAAGAGGCAGCCAAAAAGAAAGAGGAGGAAAGAAAAGCUAAAGACGAAGUUUCCGUGACCGGCAAACGAAUGCAGUCGCUGUCCCUCAACAAGUAAGCCACACAGGAGGAGGGAAUUCCCAGGAGCCGUUCCUGGCGGGUGCCUGGCAGGAAGUCUGCUGUGCUACGUCCGCGUGAGGCCAAGUAGGGAGGGCUGCAGCAACGGCAUCGUCUUCACCUCCAAGAGACACUGACAGCGACACGUUUGUCUUCAUCUGGGCACAGAAUUACCACUGGGGGGGCAGGGGGUGGGGUGGGGGAACAGGGCAGGCUGGGGUGGGGCAGCUAUUAAUCUGGUGCACAAUUGCAAGGAGCAGUUGUUCUCUGCAGAAUCAUUUUGAGCGGGGGAUUAAACCCAAACGGUUUUAUUUUCUCUCUCUCUUUUUUUGUUGCUGUGUUAAAAGAGUGCAGAUCACAUAUCCGGGGGUAGGAUAGAAAAGGACAGGCAGAGGGGAGAAAUGCUUCAGAUAGGCUGCAGAUGGGGUGGGGUAGGUGGACAGAGUGCAGAUCUGGGGGGGGGGGAGUCGUAAGCAAGAUGUUGUUCUGCAAACCAACUUGUGGGAUCUGAGCUGCAGAGCAGCAAGGAACCCUUCAGAGCUCACCUGCGCCUCUCUUUCUGGCUCCACCCCUACCUUAUCUUUUCAAAAGCCACCUGUAGUCUGUUUUUGCCCUCUUCGCCUCCAAAAAAAAAACCACCUGGGAUGCUGACUUUUUAACCUGCAGAACAAAAACAGCCUUCUCGAGACUGCAGAGUUUUUGCAGGAGACACAAAUUGGAAACAAAACUUGUAUAUUUGGCUGAAUAAAAUUUAAAUUAUCGUAAA